CUCAACGCCACGUCCACCUCAACCGUCCGUCGGCCUCAACGCGGCGAAGCAAACUGCCCCAUCAGGAUCUGCUAGCUGCCUCCGUCCGCACCCGCUUCCCUUAAAAGAUUCCGACGCCGAACCCCACUGCCUGAUCACAACUCGGAAACUGAACCCACUCCUUGCACGGCGGCAGCAUUGUCGUCUUGGUCGUCAGAGUUGCGCUGGCCAUAGAAUUGGCUCGGCGAUGGAGAAGAAGCUGCUGCCACUAGCGCACAAGCACGUGCACGGCGGCGAGCGGCUGUGGGCGCGGCCGUGGCGGUGGGCCAAGACGGCUUUCUUCCUCGCCGCGAUGCUCGCCUCGCUCCUGCUCGUCUGCGCGCCGCCGCUGCUCGUCGUGCUCCUCGACCUCGCCCUCCCGCCGGCGCUCCUCUCCGCGACCCUCCGCGCCGGCGACGGUUACAGCUCGUUCGCGUCGGCGGUGCUGGCCCAGGCGCGGGCGUUCGACUUCCGGUCGUCGCUCGUUGACCUGCCCGCCGUCUCCGCUGCGCGCGCGCUGCUCGUCCUCUGCGCGUACCUGGUGUGCGGGGGAGGCGCGCCGUACUUGUGGGUCGUCGUGGCGUGCACCGCGGGGUCCGUGUCCUACGCGCUGGCCAAGUCCGCGGCCGUGCUGCCGCGCCGCGCCGUGCUGCAGGAGGCGGGGAACGCGCGCGCCGUGGCCGUGGCCGCCGGCCCAGAGGCCAUGCUCCUGCUCUCGCUGGCCCUCGCCGCCGCGCACCUCGCCGCGGCGUACCGGACCAGUUGCCGCGAGCGCCGGCGCAUGCUCGUCUACAGGAUCGACGUCGAAGCGGUCAGGCUAAAAGGAGGUCAUCAAGCACCCAAAGGGCUGAAGCUAUGUAGUGUUUGACACUGAUCUCAUCCUUACCAAUAGGAGGUGUGACAUCAACAUACAUGUAGGCGUCAGGAAGAUUUUGUUGAGAGGCAACUUUUGGUUGAGUUGUUCGUGCUUAUGUGUACACUUAGAUACGUUACUUGUGUGAUCACUGUCACCUGUCCCAAGUGAACAUACUGUAAAUACGAAACAGCCGUGCUCAAUCGGUCCGGCCUCCUGCGAUGUGACGCAGGACGAGCCGUGUUCAACGCCCAGUUCCUUUCUGAUUACUGUGUCCUUCCAGAAUUCAAACAUGUAUGUCUGAAGAGAAGCCAGUGGCCACACAGAAGACAGAACCCAUGCUGCAAGAAAAUGCCCAUGCUGUGCCAACAACCUACUGAAACCGAUUCGGAGAAACUUCGUUUUCACCAGAGAAUUUUUCAGAACGAAACACCGAGCAGAGCGCCCUGGCCAAUGGCGUUCGGCGUUGUACACUUCCACUGCCGUCUCCUAACAUUUCAGAAUUCAGACCAAGCUAGUUGAGGAAAAAAGUUAGGGGAGACAUCUGGUUCUGAAACCAUGAACCUGCUGCUUCUAGAAGCCCCAAAAGUCCUGUCGUUUCUCUGGCCUGCCAUUUGUGUAUUCAAUUGGGUGUGGCAUGUUCAUGGAGGACGUGCUACCUACAGCUACAAGGAUAAGGCGCUUUUAUAUUCGAAACGAGAAAAUUGCUGUUUUAUAUUCGAAACGUGUGGCUUCAAAGUUUUGACACUCAACAUUGGUUUUAUCAAAAUGACACAUAAAAGGUGGAUCAUUUUGAUUCCUAA